AUGUCGAGAGAUUCUUCUUCCGCAGAGAGAGAGAGAGAGGGAGGCAAUCCGCAAAAGGCAGUGAAAACACGCUGCUGCGCUGGGCCUUCCUCUCUUUGUCGCUCGCCGUCUCCGCCCCGUCGUGUCUGCUCGUCUGCGGCCGCGCGGUCUGCCUGGUGUCCCCUGUCGCCCUCCUGUCUGAGCCCAGCGUCCCUGCGCUCUCGGUCUCCUCUCCGUUCUUCUGUUUAUUCUUACUAUCCUCAUUUUUAUUCUUCUGUGCGUCGACCUUCGAACUCCUGCGGCUGUGGCGCUGUCGGCGGGUAUCCCACGGGUCUCAGGGGGAAACGGCGCGCCCUCGUCUCCUCGCUUGUAUCUUGCGUCCUGUUGCUCUCUGCGUUCGCGGCGCAGGCGCCUCAGGCGACCGCAGUGGCGCGAAGCCGCGCAGGGACGUCUUUCUGCCGCGUGGCGCCGCCCUACCCGCCGGAGCUCUCAGCGUCGUGCUCGCCGCAGACUACGUGCCAUGGCCUCUCUCAAACAAGGCCCCGUGCGGCUCUCGCCUGCUGCUCCCCGCGAGGCUCGACUUGGUCUUCGGAGUCUCUGCGCCCUUCUUGUCGCUCGUCCUCUCCUCGCCAGUCCACCGUUUUUUCUUCUCCCUGCUCGCCUCCCUCUCCGUCUCGCUUCGCUUCUCCCUCUCCCUUGUCUCUGCACUCUGUAGUCGGCUUUCUGGCCGCGCCUGUAAAUUCAUCGUCUUUCUGUUUGUCUGCUGCGCCUUCUACUCCAUCCUAUUCAACUUCUUCACGGCUGUCUCUCCUCGUUUCCGCUCCUCUCCAGUCGUCUCCGUCGUCUGUUCUGCCUGCGUUUUCUUCUGUUUCGCCUUCCGUCUUCUCGCUGCGCGACCGCGGUUCUUCGUCUGCAGCUUCGUCUUGCGUCUCCUCACUGCCUUCCUCCUCUGCGGGAACAUACACAGCGGGCUCCAUUCGAGUGCUCGAAGGCCUGGAGCCCGUGCGCAUGCGUCCAGGCAUGUACAUCGGAAGCACAGACUCUGAGGGCCUGCACCAUUUGGUCUGGGAAGCGCUGGACAACGCAGUGGACGAAAUCGAAAACGGCGGAUGUCGAAACAUCGUCGUGAUUCUCCACCCCGACAGACGGCGCGUGACGGUCGCCGACGACGGGCGCGGCAUCCCAUGCGACAUGCAUCCGCAGACCGGCGUCUCUGCGCUGGAGACAGUCUUCACGAAGCUGCAUGCGGGCGGCAAGUUUACGCCCUCCGCUGCGCCAGCGACCUCUUCAGGCGCCGAAGAGAAAAGCAGCUACGCGAUUGCAGGGGGUCUCCAUGGCGUUGGCAGCUCAGUCAUCAACGCGCUUUCUUCUCGGCUUCACGUCUCUGUCCUCCGCAACGGGGGCCUCCACGAGAUGAGUUUUAGUCGCGGCAGAGUCCUCGCGCCGCUGCGCGUGCGGCCUUCCUCGCCUGCCACAGGGUUCGGCGAGGCGGCGUCGAGAUGGAAGGAGCCGGCGGGUCCUUCGCAGGUGAGUGAGAGCUCGGCGCCGGAGUCAGACGGGGCGCUCGAGCUUCGGCGAAGGCGAGACAUUCAGGACUUCGCGACUAGCGCUUUCGCGUCUUGGCCGCCGUCCGCUGGCGCCUCUGGCGCGGAGCGAAAUCCGUUCGAGCUCCUCUUCGGCCCUACGCCCGCGGCCUCGGGCACCUGUGUGAGCUUUGAGGUCGACGGCGAAAUCUUUGGCGACGAGCUGCGUCUGGACGGGAGGAAAAUCGAAACCCGACUCCGAGACCUCGCCUACCUCCACCCGGCGGCCUCUUUCCAGUUCGUCGAGCUGCCCGCUGCGGCGGACGCGCCGCAUCGCAGGCCUGACGGCGCCGCCGGCGAAGAGGGCACAGCCAGCGAGCGUUCAGAUGGAGGCGAGCUCCAGACCGAGACGGGAGAGUGCGAGGCGUUGCGGGCGCUGCUCUUUAAGGAGCCUGGCGGGCUCGACGCCUACAUUCAGCAUCUGUCUGCGAACCUCACGAGUCUCUUCAGCGAGGCGCCUGUCAUCAGCAUCAACGGCUCUCAUCCGAGCUCGGACAUGUCUUUGUCGGUUCGGCUCUUCUUCUCCUCGCCUUCGGCUUUGUCCUCUUCGCCCGCCGGAUCUGAGGGCGCCGCAGCCCCAGAGGCGGCGCCCGCGCCGCGCUCGUCAGCGUCGGUCUCGCCGCUGUCUUCGGAGACGCUCGCGUCUUCUUCCUCAGACUUUUUUCUCUCCUUCGUGAACAGCAUCCCGACGCCUGAGGGCGGCGCGCACGUCGAAGGCGUCCGCGCAGGCUUGACGCGUGCCAUUCAGCGGCUUUUGCGCCUCUCCUCUGCGGCCGCCGAGGCGUUUCCCUCGGGGCGCGGGAGAGGUACGGCGACUGCGAUAGGGCGAACGAGCUUCCUGCGAGGCGACGCCAGGCGCGGCGCGCGCAGAGGCGCACAGGGCGAGGCGGACGCGGAGAAGGCGCUCACCGUGCAGGGCGAGUUCCUCCGCGAAGGCCUCGUGGGCGUCGUCAGUCUGAAGAUGCGCGAGGCCGAGUUCGAGGGUCAAACAAAGAAGAAGCUCGGAAAUAAAAAGGUCAAGGGCAUCGUGGAGGAGUUCGUCUGCGAGGCGCUCGUUCGGUACUUCGAGACGCACUCGCAGAACUUCCAGCGCGUCCUCCAGAAGGCCGCGACGGCCCGCGCGGCCGCGGCCGCUGCUCGAGCCGCCCGCGAGUUCGCCAGGGCCAAACAGCAGGCGACGAGCUCGCACUCCACGCUUCUUCCAGGGAAGCUCGCGGACUGCAGCCCGACAAACGCCGCCGAACGCAGGUCUAAGGAGAUUUUUAUUGUGGAGGGCGAGAGCGCGGCUGGGAGCGCGAAGCAGGCACGGGAUCGCCGCACACAGGCGAUUCUGCCUCUCCGCGGCAAGAUUCUGAACGUGGAGAAACUCGGGAAUUUCCGGCGGAUUUUUGAGAACGAAGAACUAAAGGCGUUGAUUGCGGCUCUCGGUAUUGGAGUAACGAAGACCGGAGAAGUGCGCGCGGAUCUGGAAGGCUUGCGGUACUCGCGCAUCAUUAUCCUGACGGACGCGGACGUGGACGGGGCUCAUAUUCGGAGUUUGCUGCUCACGUUUUUCUUUCGGCUUCAGCCGGAACUCUUCCGCCGGGGUCUGGUCUUCGUCGCCUGUCCUCCGCUCUUUAAAAUCUCCCAUCCGCCGACGCCUAGACGCCUGCUCGAGGAGGCCACGGAGACGCUGCGGAGAUUUCGCGCCGCGCCGGGCGGGGAGGGCCGCGGUCGGGGCGACCCCGAGGAGGCGCGCGAGGGCAAAGGCGCGAGCCUCGCAACGGAGUCCUACGUCUGGAGCGAAGACGAAGUCGAGAAGAUCUUCCAAGUCCUCCGCGACUUCCGAGCGAGCAAAAAGGCUCGGCUGCGGAAGAAAAACGCAGAGGACCGCAGUCUGCAGGGCGCAGGGGCGGGCGAAGAGACCCCGAGCGAGGUGAAGGACGGGAUAGGAGAGGAGGUAGAGGAGGAAGGCGACGCGGCGGGGGAGAGCGGCGACCGCGGCGGCGAGACGCGCUUGACGCUUCCCGGCGUCUCGCUGCAGAGAUUCAAGGGCCUGGGAGAGAUGCGUCCCGAGCAGCUGCGCCGGACAACCAUGAGUCCGCAGACGCGGAUGCUGAAGCGCAUCUCCAUCGAGGAUGCCCAGGAGGCAGAGAAAAUCGUCGUGAGUCUGAUGGGCGACGACAUCGAGGCACGCAAGCGCAUCAUCGCCGACGCGAGCGGCGAAGUGUUCCUUGAUGACCUCGACGUGUGA